CACAAAGAGAGAGGUGGAGGAUGCUGCUUCUGCAACAACGGACGAAUUCCUUUUAUAAAUACCUGAAUUUCGAGGGAAAUCGCCAUUGAAAUCAUACCUUGAGCUCUCAACUUCAAUAUGGUGGGAGCUCUUUCUGGAUUACAAGAUCAUGUGAAAUUGGCGAGGGAAUAUGCGUUGGAAGGCCUAUAUGACACUUCUAUUAUAUUCUUUGAUGGCGCCAUUGCUCAAAUCAACAAGUAUCUGACCACACUUGAUGACCCAUUGAUUCGUUCAAAAUGGAUGAACUGCAAGAAAGGACUCUCUGAAGAAGUAGAUGUUGUAAAGCAGUUGGAUGCAGAAAGAAGAGCUUUUAAUGAAGUUCCUGGAACAAGGCGAUCUUCUUCACCACCAAUUCGAACUAAGUCUUUUCUAUUUCAACCGGUAGACGAGUGCCCACCUUUCUCAAGUGCUCCUAUAGAUGAUCCUGAUGUUUGGAGGCCACCUAAUCGAGAUCCUCAGCAACAAUAUGGUAGUAGGAGGUCUACACGUGCUGGCCAAAUGGCCUCUUCAAGGAAGUCUAAUCAAGAUGCAACGUGGGCCCGUGGGUCGUCUAGGACUGGAACAGUUGGUCGUGGAGCAAAGGCUAAUGCUACGGGCACUUCAGGGAAGGCCGGGGUUCGAGGUUCAGGACCUCCUGGGAAAAAAGGAGCUGGUGCUGGCAAGUCCAAGGCAGAUUCAGGGAAUGGUGAUUCAGAUGAAGGGAAAUCAAGAAGGGGACAAUACGAAGGACCUGAUGCUGAUUUGGCUGCAAUGCUUGAAAGAGAUGUUCUAGAGACCAGUCCUGGAGUAAGAUGGGAUGAUGUUGCUGGACUCAGUGAGGCCAAAAGGCUCUUGGAGGAAGCUGUUGUCCUUCCCUUGUGGAUGCCUGAGUAUUUUCAGGGUAUUCGUCGGCCUUGGAAAGGAGUCUUAAUGUUUGGCCCACCUGGUACUGGAAAGACUCUUUUGGCUAAAGCUGUGGCAACAGAGUGUGGAACAACAUUCUUUAAUGUUUCUUCUGCCACACUUGCUUCAAAAUGGCGUGGUGAGAGUGAACGUAUGGUUCGUUGCUUGUUUGAUCUGGCAAGAGCGUAUGCUCCAAGUACAAUUUUUAUUGACGAGAUUGAUUCCCUUUGCAAUGCUCGGGGGGCUUCUGGGGAGCAUGAAUCAUCGAGAAGGGUGAAAUCAGAACUUUUAGUACAGGUUGAUGGUGUUAAUAACAGCUCUACUGGCGAGGAUGGGGGAAGGAAAAUUGUCAUGGUAUUAGCAGCUACGAACUUUCCAUGGGAUAUUGACGAGGCACUUAGACGACGACUGGAAAAAAGAAUAUAUAUUCCACUUCCAAACUUUGAAAGCCGAAAAGAGCUUAUCCGUAUCAACUUGAAAACAGUCGAGGUUGCCCCUGAUGUGAACAUUGACAACGUUGCUCGUAGGACAGAGGGAUAUAGUGGAGACGACCUCACUAAUGUGUGUCGAGACGCCUCAUUAAAUGGAAUGAGGAGGAAGAUUGCAGGGAAGACUCGGGAUGAGAUCAAGAACAUGUCCAAGGAUGAGAUAUCAAAAGACCCGGUUGCAAUGUGUGACUUUGAAGAAGCCCUCACCAAGGUUCAGCGAAGCGUGUCUGCAGCUGAUAUAGAGCGCCAUGAGAAGUGGUUCUCGGAAUUUGGCUCUGCCUAGUGGGGCAGUCUCUUUAUGCACAGUGAGUGAGAGACAGUUGCAGCGGGUACACCUGUUUUUCUCCUUUAAGCUUUGUGCUGUCUUGAAAGCCACAAGUAUGCAUAGGAGAGAGAGAGGUGUCAUUAGGUGCCUGACCUUAGACCUCAUUAGAGCAUUGUGAAAGGGAGAGAGUUGCAUGGAGUAUUUCUUUAGUCCAUCUUUGGGCUUUGUGAUGUCUUGGAAGCUACAAAUGCUUUCCUCAACUGUUCUGUUGUAAUAUUUAUGGAAGGGUGCCAUUUUGGUGAGGCUGCAGAAUCGGACCAUGAAAAUUUGGUAUUGAAAUCAAGAGGGGAACCGGGCUUCUUCGUGCCCCAAUUUUAUUC